AUGGCAGGUUCAGCGAUUUUCGAAGCUGUGGCUAAAGGAGACCUUAAACAACUCAAGGCAAUUAGUAAAAAGGUUGAUGACAAGUUGGAGCUGCGGAAAAUUUGCGAUGAAUACUACGAUUUCUCCACUGGCCGGAAUGUGUUGCAUCACGCGGCUGGAAUCGGACAUUUUGAUAUUUGCAAAUUCUUGAUAGAGGGCGUCCAAGUUUAUAUAAAUUCCUUUACUUUCAAGAAUAAUAUCGAGCUUGUGCAAUUGUUGCUGAUGCAAGGUGGUUUGGUAGAUCGAGAUUCUGUAGAUGGAACACCUUUACAGAUUGCUGUUUCUCGUGGAAAUGUUGAGGCUGUCAAGUGUCUCCUAUCUCAUGGCGCAAACCCGUCUUAUUAUGAUGCAAUUGCGGACACCCCUCUUUUAUGUGCACUCAUUUGA